AUGAUCUGCAACGCUUCAAAUAUUGUUAAAGCUACAAAUGCUUUAAAUUUUAAUGCUAUUCGUUGUUGCUCUAAAGGAGCUAACAUCAAAACAUUUGAAAUUUAUCGUUAUAAUCCCGACAAACCCGGUUCAAAACCUGAAGUUAAAAAAUAUGACGUUGACCUUAAUAAAUGUGGACCUAUGGUUUUAGAUGCUCUUAUUAAAAUUAAGAAUGAACAAGAUCCAUCACUUACCUUUAGACGUUCAUGUCGUGAAGGAAUUUGUGGUUCAUGUGCUAUGAAUAUUGGAGGUGCAAAUACCCUUGCUUGUAUUUGUAAUAUUGAUAAAAAUACUAGCAAGUCAACUAAAAUUUAUCCACUUCCUCAUAUGUAUGUUGUAAAAGAUUUGGUACCAGACAUGAAUCUUUUUUAUGCUCAAUAUUCUUCAAUCCAACCAUGGAUUCAAAGAAAUACUCCAAUAAAACUCGGUGAUAAACAACUUUACCAAUCUGUUGAUGAACGUGAAAAACUUGAUGGACUUUAUGAGUGUAUACUUUGUGCUUGUUGUUCAACAUCAUGCCCAUCUUACUGGUGGAAUUCUGAUAAAUAUCUUGGACCAGCAGUUUUGAUGCAAGCUUACAGAUGGAUCAUUGAUUCUCGUGACGAUAAACAUAAUGAACGUUUAGAUCGUAUGCGUGAUGCUUUCUCAGCAUUCAAAUGCCAUACUAUUUUAAACUGUACUAAAACUUGUCCAAAACAUUUAAAUCCAGCACAAGCUAUUGGAGAAAUCAAGAAAUUGCUUACUGGUUUUGGAAAGAAGCCUGCUCCACAUCCAGCUCCAGCUGAUUUUUAA